AUGCCGGUCACUGGCUUAUAUUUCAUCCCAGCGAACCAAAACUCGCCAACGGCAACUAAGGCAGUAAUUGAGCGACUUCGAGAUGCAUAUAAUCCGACCUUCUGCGGACGCUGGGCUCUAGAACACCGAUUGCUACGUGAUACCCCUUCAUGUCUACCACCGAGCGAUUACGCACCUCUACCCCCGCUGCAACCCCGCUUCAUGCAAUUUCUCUCCCUCAGUCACCGCCAGCCAUACGGCUUCAUAUAUAUUUCUGACCGCCCCGAUCCAGACCCAUGGGAUUCGACAUCUUCCAGCGCAAAGCAUGCAGGUCAUGCGCAGCAGCAGCAACAACAACAAUAUCAACAAACUCCCCAACAACACCAACAGUCACAACAAAACCCAACCCCUCAAGCGCCGGACCCAUCUCCCUCCGGGCCCAAAACAAUGAUGAUCCUCGACUAUCCCUCCUACCAAUCCUUCCACGCCAUCACCCUCCGUGCCUGUGAGCCGCUCUGGUGCCCACGCCACACCCUCACAGUUCUGAACGGCAGCCACUACGAAAUCAACGACUUCCGCAUCCGCAUCGGCGACGUGCGGCAGACCGCGCCCCAAACCCGUGUGCGCGGCACCAUUGUCGAGAUCGAAUAUCGUGGGCCCGCCGGCACUGCUACCCCCCACACCGCCGCCGCGACUGCCACUGCCACUGCGCCAGGCGCUGAUAAUAAUAUCCCGAUGGCCGAUGGAAGCGAGACAUGGCCGUCGUCUGUUGCGGAUGGCAAUGUCAACCCUGAUGGCAGCCGUGAUGACGAAGGGAUCCUAUACCCGCAACUCGAGACGUCGAUGUCGACAUUAUCGUCGUCGUCGUUGUCGCUACCGACCUCCUCCUCCUCCUUCUCCUUCUCCUCACCAUCCUCGGUAGAAGAAAUCCCGACAGAGGAAGAUUGGGAAGUAGCGGAGGUUCUUAUUAGGGAGCUAUGGAGUCGGUUUGCGGUGGAGGGAGCCCGGGAGGUCAUUCGUGUGCCGCAUUUGGGCAAAGAGGCGAGGGAAGCGAGGCGGUUGGGGAAAUUAGGGGAUCGAGAGACCAAUGCGAGGAUUGCUGGGGCGGAUUUGGCGAAGCAGUAUAUGGAGGUUUUUAGGUUUAAUCGGUGA